GCUACAGUACUAAAUAAUUUAUACUAUACUGAAGAGGGAAAACAAAAAUCAAAACACAUCGGACAGCGCUGUCCCUCAUCUGGUCUGUGCAACAUCACUCUCAGCCCUUAAACCCAUGAUUUGUAUGGUCAUGGUCCGGUGCCAAACAACAUCAAGUGCCCAUUCUUUUCUCCUGCUAGUUUUGCUCAGUCUCUCAUCAAAGUUCACCCAGUGCAGUCCCAUAAACUUGGACAGGCAGGCCAUUAGUGACCACAAUGGACCGCUCCCAGACCUCGCUCAGCCACCACUGCCCCUCCAACUGGGGGAAGACGAACAGGGUCCGAACGAGGAGGAGGAAGACGAAGACGAACUCUUCAAAGACAUCGACCCCAAGACGUUAGCGGCCGUCCUCCUGGAGGCUCUCAACAAGCCCCAGGGGGAGCGGACCAGCGAGGGAGCAGAGGAGCUCGGACAAGGGAGGAGUGCAGAGGAGGCCCUAGAGGUCAAGAGAGGGGUGGAGGAGGAAGAGCGAGAUCUGCAGGGCGCGGACCGUGACAGAGACGGACGGCAGGAGCUGGAGCUCGUCAUGGCUGCCGCGGCAGCUCAGGGCAGGGAGGAGCGCGAGAGGGAGGAGGAGGAGGAGAGGAAGAGGGCGCAGGAGGAGGAGGAGCGGCUGACGGAGAAGGUGACGAGCCGCACCACCAGUCAGACGGUGCCUCUGAAGCCGAAGCCGGCGGAGGAGGAGGGGCCGAAAGACGAGCCAAUCAAAUUUGGGGACGACCCAGAAGGCAACGGGGAGGAGGAGGAGGAGGAGGAGCAGCUGAGUCCGGAGGAGGUGAAAAACCUGCAGAAUAUGCUGGCGGAGUUCCAGAGCUACAGCACCACCACGGAGAGCCAGAGCGUCGAGAAGACGGGCCAGAGGGAGAGCCGAGGACGCCUGACCGACCCCGACGGCGACGACUACACGGACAACAACGACAUUCGGCCCAAGGGCUUCAGGGGCUACAACCUGGGCCUGUCCAAGAAGAAGCUCAAGUGGAAGCAGCAGCAGGAGGCCGAGCAGCCCAAAGCCAAGAAUCGGCCCGAGUACCGCGGCGGCAACUUCAUGGACGACUUCGACGGCGACAACCUCGCUAAUCCCCCGGCGGAUGAAGCGGAGGAGGAAGAGGAGGAGGAGGAGGAGGAGGCCAUAAGUCCCGAGGAGGAAGAGGCUCGGGCCAAGGCGGAGCAGGAGGAGGUGCGGAGGCAGGCGGCGGAGGCGCAGAGGGCCAAGGCGGAGGAGGAGAAGCUCGCCGACAUCGCCUCCGACAUGCUGCUGCAGUACAUGAUGAAGCAGGACGGACGCAAGUCUCAGGAGCACAGGAAGAAAAGCGCCCUGAACGGCAUGAACGCGGUCGAGGACAAGCGUUCGGACGAAGAGGAGGACGCGGACGACGACGACGACGACAUCGACCCGCAGACCAUCGACAAGCUGAUCGAGAUCUCCAGCAAGCUCCAUCUGCCGGCGGAUGACGUGGUGGACAUCAUCAGCGACGUCGAGAAAAAGAAGAAGAAGGACGCGCCGGAGACGUUGACGUGGCAACGGCCACUCAUGGCGCCGCCGGCCCCUGCGCCCGUGGCGCCGGCUCCCCGUUUCCCCGUGCCGGUCAAGCAGACUCCGCCCAUGUCCAGCCCGUUCAAGUCCUGGUUCAAAGACAGAGCCGUGAUGAAGCCCAGCAAGCAAGACUUCUGGCUGAAACCGCAGAAGCAGCCAUUUCGGGCCUAUCCUCCUUACCCGUUUUACCAAAAAGCCUACCCCGGCUACUACCCCAUCUACUUCCCUCCGCCCAAACCCAAGCCUCGCUAUUACGCCAAGCCCUCCUACGCCUUCAACCCCCGCCUGGGAAACUCCCUGGACUAUGACUUUGACUUCACCCCGAAGCGCAGGUACCGCACCUGGGCACAGCCUCGGCUCCGCGCGCCUGCCAACCUACAGCGGAACCUCUACUUUCCCAACUACAUUGUGCCCCGUCCUCGGACGUUCGCGCCCGUGCCCAUGCCCAAGCCCCGCUCGCCCGUGCGUCACCGGUCAGCGUUCUAUUACCCGCCCCCAGCGUCUCUAGUGACCCGCGGCCAAGACUACUACGGUCAGAGGCGGCCCGUCGAGCAGGACAGCGACGAGGACCUCGAGAACUUCAUCGAAAAGGUCUUCCUGAAACGUCCCCGGAUGUUUCAGUGAAGAGAGCUCGAGAGGAACGAAAGAAGGACGAAGAGGGAGAGGAAGAAAGAAAGAGAGAUGGUGAAGAGAUAAAUCAAGAAGAGCGAUGGAAAUGAGACUGUUUUCCCCCACACAGACACAUGCCGUUUUUUUAGCAGAAUUUUUUUUAAAAAAGAAGAAGAAUCUGAAUCCCUCGUUAAUUUUAAGCAUUUUGAUCUGAACGACAAACAACCUCUUUGUGGCAGACAGAUGAGAAAGAGGGAAAGCUUCUGUCUUGUUGAAGAGGUGCACACAGAACAAAAAAAAAAAAAGGUACACAGCAAACACGAACUGGGAUCUUCAUCGUCACUUUCCUGCUCUUGUAAGAGACUGUUCAGAAAGAGCGUUACUCAAGCAGUGUCCAUCUUUGGCUGUACGUCCAUCCAGGAGCUACAUUUUCACCAAAUGACCCUGAUUUAGUCGGUACCUCCUUUGUAACAACCGACCAUGAAGGAAUUCUAUCCAAAGUAAGCCUUAUAUGUGUUCAAUGUUUUGAUUUAGUUUUGGACAGUUUUUUUUUUGUUUUGUUUUUGGACAGUGACAUUAGAAGUAAUCGUCUUUGUUAUUAAGCAUUUAAUAGCAGAGGGAUACUUCUUUGAUCCAAAAGUCAGACAAACAUUAUUUUUUUCAAUCCUGCAAAGAGCUUUUGAGUUUGAAAGACAUAUAUUUUGUUUUAAUGAAGUAAACAGGUUAAUACCUGAUCAAGGUGCCAUAACGCAGGAACAUAAGCUGAAUAUAUUGGAUCUUAACUCUUAACAAGAAGUCUUGUUCAGCUGUUCAUGAAAUUGACAUAUUCUGCUAGUUACAUUAUGUCACACAUACUCUCACACUCACUCUUGUACAUAGGGUUGAACUUUUUUAUUGCUUUGUCUGAGCAGUUUUAUUGAUUUCAUAUUUUCCUAUAAAAUUUUAAGUUGUUUAUAAAAUAAAAAAAUGUAAAAUAUUA